UCUCUCUCUCGCUCCGCCUCGAUCGACCCCAACUGCCCGCCGCGCCGCGUCUAGGGUUUGCCGUCCCGCCCUCCCGUCGGCGGCGGCGGCGGCCGUCCGCCCGUGCGCGGUCCGGAAGCAAUGGCUACGGAAAGUGGGAAUUCUGACGGUUCUCCUCAUCCGAAUGUGAUUGGGAUUGCAUUUGCUCAACAAUACUACAAAAUUCUGAAUUCGCAACCAGAAGAUGUCCACAAGUUCUAUCAUGAUGAAAGUACUCUUGGUCGACCAGAUUCUGAUGGUACAUUGACAACUGUAACAACUACAGAUGCUAUCAAUGAAUACUUCUUAUCUACAGAACUGAAGGACUGUUUGAUAGAGUUGGAGAACAUAGAUACUCAGCCAUCCCUGGCGGGUGGUGUGUUCAUUGUGGUUACUGGAUUUUUUACAAUGCGUGAUACUGUGAAGCAUAGAUUUACUCAGUCAUUCUUCCUUGCUCCACAAGAAACUGGAGGCUAUUAUGUUUUGAAUGACGUGCUUCGAUAUGUGCGGGAGAUGCCAUCCCCUGAGACAAAUGAAGCUUUUGUUGACCAUUCUAAUGGAAACACUCAGAUUGCCCCCUUUCCAGCUGAGCCAGAAACAUCUAUCAAGGAGAGCUUGGACCCAGAGCUUCCGUCUGCAGAGAGUGUUCCUGUCAACUGUGAAGUCAUAAAUCCAUCUGCAGAGACUACUUAUGUGGAUGUUGAAGUCAUAAAUCCAUCUUCAGAGAAUAUUGCUGUGAAUGAUGAAGUCAUGGAUCCAUCUGUAGAGAGUAUUUCUGUCAACGACAAAGUCAAAACUUCAGUUGGAAAUCAAAAUUCUCAGAUUAAGAAUGGUAUUACUAAGAUACCUGAGGCAGCCCCUGCUCCUCCUGCUUCAGCUCAUAAGGAUGUUAUCAAGAAGUCUUAUGCGUCGAUUGUCAAGACCAAGAAUGAGAGCACACAGCCUGCUCCAGUUACCAAGCCCAUACCUAGACCAAAACCUACAACAAAGAGAGCUGAAAAUGUAGAAAAUUCUUCAUCUGUUCCUGCAAAAACUACCCAUGCAGCUGAUACCGCGCCUCCAAAUGACAGAAAUAUUUUUGAUGACCAAGGGUAUUCAAUCUUUGUGAAGAACUUGCCUUUGGAUGCAACUGUUGAAAUUGUUGAGGCUGAGUUCAGGAAGUUUGGUGCUAUCAAGCCUUGCGGUAUCCAAGUUAUACACCGUGAGUCUGAGGGGUUCAGCUUUGGCUUCGUUGAAUUUGAGUCUCAACAAUCCAUGUAUGCUGCAAUUGAGGCAGCGAAAAUUCGCUUUGGCUCGUACGUGUCUGUUGUUCAGGAGAAACGAACCCCAAGACGAGUUAUUAAUUAUGCCACCCAUAGCAACAACAAUGACAAUCCUCGGGACAGUCGGGUCCUGCCAGGCAGAGCACUUUUUGUGAACAAUGGCAGCAACCGUGAUGGCGACAACUUCAAGGGACAGGGAGCAGGUUUUGUGAACAAUGGCAACAACCGUGAUGGCGACAACUUCAGGGGUCAGGGAGCGAACUUUGUGAACAAUAAUAAGUACCAUCAUGGUGAAAACUUCAGAGGACGCUUCGUGAACAACGACAACCACCGUGAUGGCAAUGGCAUGAGGAAUGAAUCCAGAAAUCAGAAUGAGUACCCGGGCCGUGGUCGAGGAUUGCAGGGGAACGAUUACCGUCAGAAUGGGAAUGACUACCGUCAGAACAGGAACGGAUACAGUCCGAACAGGAGUGGCUACAACCAGAACAGGGACGGUGGCUACAACCAGAACAGAGAAGGCGGCUACAACCAGAACAGGGAAGGCGGACAGAACAGGGAAGGCGGCUACAACCAGAACAGGGAAGGCGGCUACAACCAGAACAGGGAAGGCGGCUACAACCAGAACAGGGACGGUGGCUACAACCAGAACAGGGACAGCUACCGCCAGAACGGGGCUGGCUACCGUCAGAAUGGGAACGGAUACCAUCAGGCACGACCAUUCUACAAUGACAAUGGGAAUGGGAGGUCUGGCCGCUUCAAUGGUACCAAGCAAAUACCUGUUGCUGCAUAGAAACUCUGCAAUCCAGCAAAGUAGGAAACUAAGACUAUUCGCCCCUUGAUAAUAUUCCCACCCCAUAGUCCUCUAGGAAUCUCUGAAAUCAUCCGCAUUCUCUUGCAUCCUAUUAGGCCAAGAAAAUUCUGUUUUAACCUGAUGAUGCCUCAUUUUGACGUGCUGGUGCCUUUUUUGUGGCUAAGUUAUUGCCGGAUUUUGCAAUGCUCUGACAUGUAAACUUCAGUAUCUGUGUUUGUUAAAUGUUAGUGGCCGUUUGUAGCGACCUGUAAACUUGUUUAGGUAUCUGUUAUUAUAUUCAGCUGUUUCUCUCUUGCAGUUUGUCAUCCUUGAUUACCCUGCAUUUGAA